AUGUACUUCACUUUGUCACUUUUGUUAGGUUCAUGCCUUCAUUUUUCUUCGAAUCAUUGUCCUUGUCUUUCUUUUCUUUUUUUUAUUUGCUUCUUUCUUUCUUUUUUCCUGUUUCUUUCAUUCAUUCUUUCUUUUCUUUCCUUUCUUUUUAAUUGCUCUUUUCUUUCUUAUAUAUUUUAUUUGCUUCUUUCUUCCUUUCAUUCAUUCUUUAUUUUCUUUCUUUCUUUUCUUUCUUUCUUUUCUUUCUUUCUUUUUAUUUGCUACUUUCUUGCUUUCAUUUACUUUUAUUUUCUUCUUUCUUUCAUUUAUUUAUUAUUUUUGGCUUCUUUCUUUUUUUCGUAUUACUUUCAUUCAUUCUUUCAUUCAUGCUUCUUUUUUUCUUAUUUCUUUCUUUCAUUCUUUCUUUCUUUCUUUUCAUUUUUUAAUUGGUUCUUUAUUUCUUUCGUUCUUUUUUUCCUUUACUUCGGUGUAUUUCUUUCCUUCUUUUGUUUUUAUUUUUUCUUUCUUUCUUUCUUUAUUUCUUUCUUUGUAUUGGCAUUGACGUUGCUUUUACUUUCCUUCCUUCCUUCUUUCUUUCUUUCUUUUCUUUUUUCUUUCAAUUCUCUCUUCAUUCUAAUCACCGUCUGUUUUCUUUCUUUCUGUCUUUUUUUGUUCUUUCCUUCUUUCUUUUGUUUUUGUUUGCUUCUUUCUUUCUUUCUUUCUUUCUUUGUAUUUGGAUUGAUGUUACUUUUUCUUUCUUUCUUCCAUUCUUUCUUUCGUUGUAUUUUCUUUCCUUCUUUCUUUCUUUCUUCUUUUCUCUUUUCUUUUUUGUUUUUCUUUCUUUCUUUCUUUCUUUCUUUCUUUCUUUGUAUUCGCAUUGACAUUGCUUUUACUUUCUUUCCUUCUUUCUUUUCUUUCUUCUUUUCUUUUCUUUCUUUUGUUCUUUCUUUCUUUUGUUUUUUUUCUUUGUAUUUGGAUUGA